AUGGGCGCCAUUGGAAAAAAGAAAUCUCGCGAUGCUCGGCUCCACGGCCCAAAACUGAAGAAGGAUCCUGGACUCCCCAAUCUCUCUCACUUUAAGCAAAAACAACAAAACAAGGAAGAAGAGAAGAGGAAACGAAUGGCAGCAGCUAGAGACCAGCAAUCCAAAGCACGACAACUCCUUCAAAACAAGAACCGACAAUUCACCAACCACACAUCAUUAUUGGACAUGGUCAAGAAUGCCGAGCAAAGAAGCCAGGCCUUUGACACGCAGCAAGCUGAACAACAACAACAACACGAUGGAUUCAGCAAAGACAUGAAGGAUGCUGCAUUGAGUGGCGAGAAGGAUAACUCAAGGAAGGCUUAUUUCCGUGAAUUUCGAAAGGUGCUUGAGAAUGCGGAUGUUGUCCUGGAAAUUUUGGAUGCGCGGGAUCCACUUGGUACUCGCACACGCCAUGUUGAACGCAUGAUCAUCGAUAGUGGUCUCAACAAGAAGGUGAUUCUUAUUUUGAAUAAGAUCGAUUUGGUUCCCAAAGAGAACAUUGAACAAUGGCUCAAGUAUCUACGCAACGAGUAUCCCGCCAUCGCUUUCAAGUCUUCAACACAAUCUCAGCGUAAACACCUGGGUCGAUCGAAUGUGUCAACGGAUGUUGCAAGCGAGCAAAUGCUCAACACAUCAGAAUGUCUUGGUGCCGAGAACUUGAUGGCCUUGUUGAAGAAUUAUUGUCGUAGUGCGCAUAUCAAGACAUCCAUUACAGUUGGCAUUAUCGGUUAUCCCAAUGUUGGCAAAUCAUCUGUUAUCAACUCAUUAGCACGAUCCAAAGUAUGUGGUGUUGGAUCCACACCGGGCUUCACCAAGGUGGCACAGCAAAUCACGCUUGACAAGAAUAUCAAAUUAUUGGAUUGCCCGGGUAUCGUGUUUGCAUCACACGGUCAAGAUGGUCAAAGCGAUGCUGAGAUUGCAUUGAGGAAUUGUAUCAAGGUCGAAUUGUUGGAGGAUCCAAUCACACCGGUGGAAGUGAUUGUGUCAAAAAUCCCGACCCAACAGCUGAUGACCAUGUAUGACGUGGGUUGGUUCAAUAACGCACAUGAAUUCUUGGUCUUGUUGGCACAGCAACGAGGAAAGCUGAAAAAGGGAGGUAUUUCCGAUAUCCAGCUGGUGGCUCGUGCAGUGCUUCAAGAUUGGAACAGUGGCAAGAUUCCAUUUUAUACCCUCCCACCUGCGAACAAGCAAACACGCGACUUUGGCAGUGCGAUUGUUUCAUCGUGGGGUCAAGAAUUUAAUAUUAAUGAGCUUCAAGCUGCCGAUCAAUCGAUCCUUGGUGGUCUGCGGGGAGCUGCUGAUUUUGGCAAUAAUGCAGUUGUGAUGCAAUCCACGGAUGCUGAUAUGAUGGACGUUGGUGAUACUAUGAUUGAUGCAGCUGCUGCAACAGAGAAUUCCAUGAUUGAGGAUGACUCCAACGAGGUACAAGCAGCAAGGCAAAAUGGAUCAAACAUUGUUGUGGAUGCCAUGCGUUUCAAGAAGAAAGGAACCGGACCUAAUCAAAAGCAGCAGCUCUUCUCUCAAGCCGAAGAAGAAUUGAUGAACAGCUUACAACGCAACCAACAAUUAGCCAAGGAACAAAAGUUGAUGGCAAAGCGAGCUCGUAAAUUGCAAGGGGGUGGUCAAAAUGCCUUUGAAGAGGACUCAAUGAUGAUGGGCGAUGAUGACAAUAUGAUGAUGAAUAUGCCUAGUGCUCCUCCAUCAGACAUCCUUCCUGACGAGGACGAGGAUUUGUAA